CUCACAUUCGCCGAUAGACCUGCGUGCAGGAUUUUUGAUGGGGGCUCCGAUAACUGACGGUAGCCAAGGCUGCCACUUCAGCCUUCCGUAGCCACUCUAAUUGCUUCCAUUAUCCUUCUACCCUUAUCACAAAAUUGACUAGCUAUAUCGCUAUCGGGAAAUCUAUUGAUAAAGGCAUUUUAGCAACCCCUUUUCCUAUUCAUCUCCUAAAAUGUCCCAGAAGAGCCCCUUGGCCAGACUAAUAUCCUUGUCGUACGUGUUGGCACUCGGCUUCCUCUUUGUUGUGCUCGCCGGUGCAAUCUACGGCAACUGGUACCCUAUUUUGGUUGCCCUUAUCUUCAGUGUGGCGCAUCUACCGAUGGUGGUUACCAACAACUACUCGCGCGACGAUUUCAUGAACGAGUCGUCGAUCUACGUGAACGACUUUGGAAAAUUUUUGAGCGGUUUCUUGUUAUUUACCGGAUUCGCCAUUCCCCUUGUGUUGUGCCACUCUUUGAUCCUCACCACCGUGGCCUGUAUCUUGACCGAGCUUGGCGGGUCCCUUAUCUACGCCAGCGUCUUUGCCUUCACCACCUACUUUGACUCUGGGGAGGAGAGUUUUGAGAUUUAGGUGGAUGGGCAUGGAGAGUCAGAGGUUGCGAUAUGAUGUAAUAUAUGAUAGCAAACACUGAAAUUAGCGGCUGUAGAGCCUGAACAAUCUCGGGACGUUGAGAUGAGACAUUGCAGGUUAGAGGCAAUAGGGAUCCAGAUCUGGAUGAAGAAUUGAUUUUCUCGUAGGAUACGAUAUAACCGUGACCAAAGUGGAUGCCAGUGAUAUCUUUAGCAUGCAUCUUUAGUGAAUCUCGCAUAUGGAUCUUCUACUCUGGAUGUCUUUCCCGCCUCUAAGCCUGGUUAUCCCUCCAAGUCCUCUUCGGAGCGCACCGCUUAUUUUUUUGUUAUACCCAAAUCACCACAUAUA